GAGGAGAACAAACCCACCCCCACCGACCAUUUCCUCUCCGGGGAGGUGGCGCUGCGGUGCACGGCGAGAAAAAGCCCCGCACACCGUCUCAUCUGGUUGUGAGCUAAGCCAUCGCCGGAAGCAAUUAAGCAAAUCGAGACGUCUCGAGGAGGCCAAGCUAGCUCGCGCGCAAAUUAAUCGCCGAUCGAUCCUACGAUGAAGCGGAAGCGGCCGGCGGCGCUGCGCGGCGGGGAGGAGGCGGCGGCGGCGGCGCUGAAGCGUGGGCCGUGGACGCCCGAGGAGGACGAGGUGCUGGCGCGGUUCGUGGCGCGGGAGGGGUGCGACCGGUGGCGCACGCUGCCGCGGCGCGCGGGCCUGCUGCGCUGCGGCAAGAGCUGCCGCCUCCGGUGGAUGAACUACCUCCGCCCCGACAUCAAGCGCUGCCCCAUCGCCGACGACGAGGAGGACCUCAUCCUCCGCCUCCACCGCCUCCUCGGCAACCGGUGGUCGCUGAUCGCCGGGAGGUUGCCGGGGCGCACGGACAACGAGAUCAAGAACUACUGGAACUCGCAUCUCAGCAAGAAGCUCAUCGCGCAGGGCAUCGACCCGCGGACGCACAAGCCGCUGACGGCCGCCGCCGAUCACUCCAACGCCGCCGCUGCCGUCGCCGCCACUUCUUACAAGAAGGCGGUGCCGGCCAAGCCGCCGAGGACGGCAUCCUCGCCGGCCGCUGGCAUUGAGUGCAGCGACGAUCGUGCCCGACCGGCCGACGGUGGCGGUGACUUCGCAGCGAUGGUGAGCGCCGCCGAUGCCGAGGGAUUCGAAGGAGGAUUUGGCGAUCAGUUCUGUGCCGAGGAUGCAGUUCAUGGUGGCUUCGACAUGGGUUCCGCUUCCGCCAUGGUGGGUGACGACGACUUCUCCUCGUUUCUUGAUUCUCUGAUCAACGACGAGCAGUUAGGCGAUCUCUUCGUCGUCGAGGGCAACGAUCACGAGCAUGGCAAUGGUGAGAUUGGUCAUGGAGACGUCAUGGAAUCCAAACAGUAAUCUUUCGGGAGAUUGAUCAGGGAAUAAGUUGACCAUGAGAAAACAUGUAAGAACAGCUUGUCUGCUGAGUCAUGACCGGUGAUGUGUAUGUGAUGGAAGAAAACGUAUGUACGACUUAAUGCUUGCACCUAUACUACUGCUGUGUGCAUUAUUCGAGUGAUCAAUUUGAGCAUUUGCAGCUCACAACCCUGCAGGUUUGUCUGUCUAUAUAUGCACGUAUGCGCAGCUCAUUAGUGUUAUUUUUUUGUUUGCUA